GUGGUUCUUAAAAAGUCCUAAUGAGCCUGUGUCGCUCCCUGGGACUCGCCUCUCCACCAAUCAGGAGCUCUGACUGCUUCCAAAUCUCCGAAUCGGCAGCUCAUUGGCCGCUCGGCGCGUCACUCAUGAUGUGGGCCAGCCUGUAGGAGGAGCUGUGUGAAGGGAUGAAGGGAGGGGUGGCGCGACUGUCAAUUGUGUUCCCUAUUCUCGUCAAAAGUCGUCUGUUGUUGCCCUGAGUACAAGCAAGACGACCGCAGCGGCUGUGUUCAGUACGAGCUAUGCGCCCCGCAGCGCCAGAUGAGCGCUCCUUCUCUCCAGCUGACGCCAACUGCAGCGCAAGUUCGCUCCUCUUUGCACUUUGACAUCGAUGUGUUUUGGGGAGAAAGGAGUAGGUUUCGGUCAGCCUGGUAGCCAACGCUGGAUUGUUUUCUAACCUUUUUCUUACUAACACCACCUCGUUUUCAUCAUUUCUCGUCAUGCACUGAGGCUUUAAACGUUUUUCUUUUGAUGCACAAACUGUGUCUUGAAGCUCUCGAAGAAAAACAAGACUGUGGAGGGUGAAGACUUGUUGCGCGUCUCCGGGGAGCACACCAGUCCAGCUUUUUAUCCAAGUCUGUGCUGUACCUGCGUGUGAUGCUUUGAUUUCCACAGUGAGGCGUUUCAGUGACUCGGGGAAUGGACUGUGUAGACCAGCUCAGACAAACAGCCUGAAGUCAACACGGCUUGGUUCACUGACUCUGAGCAUUUGUUCAUAAUUUAGGAAAUUGGGGGGAUUAGUUUUUCCUCCAGAGACCGCCGGUGAAGUGCUGAGCGGCUGAAGCGCGAAUCCAUUUCUCCUUUUAAAUGGCAUCCAUGCACAGCCAAGUCAAACUUUAUUCGGGUCAGAUACGACGAGUUGAUUAAUUUUCCUUCACCUGUGUUUCAAAAUCGACCCUUGAUCUUUCUCAUCGACAUGUCUGAGCGUGAUGGAUUUGGAGACGGGCUGUGCAGCGACGGAGCGCCGGACUUCAUCCCGCCGAGAGCGUCCCGCGGCCGGCGGAGCGGUGUCAUCCUCCCCGGCGGCGGUGGCGGCGGCCAGGACACCGACACCAUCCUCCUGGAGUCGGUGAAAGCAGCACCUCGCCGGAGCAGCAUCAUUAAGGAUCCCUCAGUGCAGAAGGUGGGCGGAGGCAGAAAGAAGACUGUGUCCUUCAGCAGCAUGCCCUCAGAAAAGAAGGUAAGCAGUGCAGCAGACUGCUUGGCAUUCAUGCAAGGCGGAUGUGAACUGAAGAAGAUCCGGCCCAACUCCAGGGUCUACUGUCGUUUCUAUACCCUGGAGCAUGACCUGAGCUGCUUACGCUGGGAGCCGUCUAAGAAGGAUGGGGACCGGGCUCGACUGGAUGUGUCCAGCAUUCGGGAGGUCCGCACUGGGAAGAGCACAGAGACCUUCCUCCAUAACGGCCCCCUCUCUGAACACUUGGCCGAGGAGGCAGCCUUCUCUAUCAUACACGGGGAUGACUACCAGACUCUGGACUUGGUUGCCUUGUCGGCAGACGUGGCCAACAUUUGGGUGACAGGCCUUCGAUACCUGCUGGCUCACCCCUCAGUCAUUGGAGGGGCUGGGGGAGGUUGUGGGGGAGGAGGAGGGCCUGGUGAAGGAGGGGGUGUGUCGGUAGAGGGCAGCCUGGGAAGUAAGAUGAGGAGUGAGUGGCUGGCAGCGGAGUUCGCCCAGGUGGAUGAAGACGGCUACGGCAUUGUGUCAGAGGAUGUGGCAGUCGCCACCAUCUGUAAACUGUGCCCCGGCAUCAAGGAAGCCAAGGUACGUCUGCGUUUCAAGGAGAUUCAGCGCAGCAAGGAGAAGCUGACCUCCCAUGUGACAUGUGAAGAGUUCCAGGAGGCGUACUGUGAGCUUUGCACCCGGCCUGAUGUGUACUUCUUAUUGGUACAACUGUCGAAGGACCGGGAGUGUCUAGACCCUCAGGACCUUCGUCUCUUCUUGGAGACAGAGCAGGGUUUGUCUCUGGCUACAACUGAGGGCUGCUGGGAGCUCCUGAGGCGCUAUGAGCCCUCGGCCCAUGGCAGGGAGAGGGGGCUGCUGGGUCUGGAUGGAUUUGCCCGUUACCUGCAGUCCCCUGAGUGCCAGCUACUCGACCCUGAGCACCUGGGGGUUUGCCAGGACAUGAACAUGCCUCUGUCCCACUAUUACAUCAGCACCUCGUACCGGUCCUACUUGCUGGAUGACCAGGUCCAUGGCAGAGCAGACAUAGGAGGGCUGAUCAAGGCCCUGCAGUCCGGCUGCCGAUGCCUUGAGCUGGGAGUGACUGAUGGCCCAGAAGGGGAGCCUCUCCUUGGGGUCGACUAUGGUCCAGACAUCCCUCGCCACCAUCAUCACCACCACCACCACCAUCAUGCACCUGUCACUAUCCGCUCUGCUUUGGAGGUGGUCAAUAAGUAUGCCUUCCUGACCUCUCAGUACCCACUCUUGGUGUACUUAUGCCAGCGUUGCUCCCCUGCCCAGCAGCACACUAUGGCACAACACCUAAAGAAGGUUUUUGGCUCCCGUCUUUACACUCCAGAAGCCCUACCUGUCAGCUUGGGAGGGCGAGCCACAACCUUACCCUCCCCUGAGCAGCUGAAGGGACGCGUCCUAAUAGUGGGGAAGAAGCUCCCUCCAGAGGUAGAAGACUCUGAUGGGGAGGUAUCUGAGGAAGAUGAGGAAAUUGGAGGAGGAGGGCCUUUGGCAGGUCGACGAAUGACCAUCCCUGGUGAGGAGGAACUGGGUGUGGUCUUGGUGGUGCCUCCACCCUCCCAACCCAGGAAGCUCCGCCUCCACAAAGAGCUGUCAGACCUGGUGGCAAUUGCUCGGACGGGCAGCCGCAGCUUCUAUGCCCAAAGAGCGAGUCACAAACAGGCUCAGCAGCAGUCACCACCCAGCAGUCCCUCCUCUCCCAGCACGCCCAUGCCUCCCGAGCUGCCCUAUUGGACACUGUGCUCUCUGGGUGAGGGAGAAGCUGGGCGGCUGACAAGUGAGAGCCCAGAGGACCUUGUUAUGUUCACCAAGCGCACCCUAACCAGGGUGCGGCCCAGCUCAGUGCGCCUGGACUCCAGUAACCCCAACCCACAAGGUUACUGGAAAGGAGGGGUCCAGCUCGUGGCCUUAAACCAGCAGACCCCUGGUGCCAUGCUGGACCUUCACAGAGGUCGCUUCUCACAGAAUGGAGGGUGUGGUUAUGUUCUCCGACCUGCUGUUAUGAGGGAUGAGGUGUCAUAUUUCAGUGCCCACACACAGGGUUGCGUGCCAGGUGUGCCACCUCAGACUCUACGGAUUAAGGUUAUCAGUGCCCAUAACCUGCCCAAGCCUCAGGGAUCGGGGGCUAAGGGAGAGGUCAUUGACCCAUAUGUGGUUCUGGAGCUGCAUGGUGUACCAGCUGACUGUGCUGAGCAGCGGACGCGCACUGCUGCACAAAAUCAAGAUGACCCACUGUUCGAUGAGACCUUCGAGUUUCAAGUGAACAUGCCGGAGCUGGCCUUGCUGCGCUUUGUGGUAUUGGAUGAUGAUUACAUCGGAGAUGAUUUCAUUGGCCAGUACAGCGUGGCCUUUGAGUGCCUUCAGCCUGGCUACCGCAAUGUUCCCCUGCUGGGCAUGGCAGGAGACCCCUUACCCCACACCAGCCUGUUUGUCCACGUGGCGAUCACCAACCGGCGAGGUGGCGGGAAGGCCCAGCGUCGAGGUCUGUCGGUGAGGAGGGUGGGGCGGCGGGGGAGAGAGUAUGUCACGCUGAGGAACACAGGCAUCAAAGUGGUGGACGAGACUUUCAAACAGGCUAGUGCCCCGCUCAAGGAGGUGACGGACCUGCGGGAGGAAGCUCAGAGCACCACCGCCAGUUUCAAAGAGCAGUGUGGGCUCCCCACGGUGGCCAAACUGAAGCAGUGCAUCCAGAGCCUUGCCACAAGGCUGCAGAGCCCUGAGGGCACCAUGGGUGCCACCAUGGUGCUGAAGGAGGGCUACCCAUGUCUGGAGCCCCUGGUCAACCUUUCAGAGCUGACACGCAAACUGCUUGCUGCCUACGACACGAUGAUUGCUGCCCAGAAACAGCUGAUUGAGAACGCCGAUGCUGUUCAGGAGAGGAUCGCGCAGGUGCAGAGAGAAGGCAUGGACUUCCAUGAGGAGCUUCCUCGGCUUGGGGAGAAGGAGGGACUGAAAGGACGCAAGUUAAGCAAAGCCGUCGAGAGUUUCACCUGGAACAUCACUGUGUUGAAGGGUCAGAGUGAUCUGUUGCGAGGAGCCAAGAUGGAUUCCCUGGAUGCUCUGAGGCAGCUAGCUCUGGCCUGUGAAGCCUCUGGACUUACUUCCCCCUCCUCUUCCUCCAACUCCUCAUCCUCCAUCUUCUCCACGGCCGAGCUGCACUACUCCUCCCACCCUCUGGCUGCCCGCCGAAGCAGCACACAUGGCAACGGACGCAUCUGACAGCCCCCUGGGUCCACCACGCUGCAAAAGAUUAAAAGGGAGUGGACAGAGUAAUUACAGAGGAUAACAGAGACGAGGAGAUAUGAGAGCGAGAAAGACAGAAAAAAAAGGAAAAAAGCUGGGCUGGGUGUAAAAAGCCCCAGAGGAGACAGAGGAUUUUCUUUCUGGCAGAGUGUAUCCCUUUAUUCAGUGCAGUAAGCGUCUAGACUAGCCUAGACCAGAGCAGUAUAUCUGUUAAAGCCUUACAGUGAGUUCAUCAAUUUGUCACUGAAGGUCCAGCCUGCAGAGAGGCUUUUCGUGAAUGUCGUAACUCCGUGGUGGGAAGGCAAAGAAAGACGCUCUACACGGGUCCUUGAACUUUUGAUGAUUUUUCCGAGAGAACAUGCGUGACUCAACAUUGUAACUCAGUGGGUUUCCCUCAUUAGAGAGGAAAUCUUUGACACCUGAAUAAUUUGUGACAACGGGGCUGUCGUGAAGCUGAUGUUCACAGCCCGGCUGGAGUUUCCCUUUAGAAGUACAGCAGAAUGGAGGGAAUGUGUAGAAUUGAUGGGACAAAGCGGCAUUUCAGCUCGUCUCUUGAGAAGGCAACAAGACCGCCUGUGUGCGUGUGUGUGUGUGUUUACAGUGUUGCAAAUGGAGAAAUAAGAGAUUGAUUGAAGGAUGUUACUCACAAGAAAACACACAGGUGGAGAGUAACUAAUACCAGUAGCCUCAAAUUUUAGUGUACUACUUUUUUAAAACUCAUAAAAGUUUUAAGGUUCUCAUACUUUUGUUUUUACAUGUAACUGCAGUAGCUUAAUGUAGAAAACCCACAGUCCUCCUCCAGCUAAAGGUUUUAAUCACCUUAUCAAGUGUGGUUUUGGAUAGUCAAGGAUGACUUCAGACAGACACAUAGUAAGCUCUAUGGAUUACAGUUCUCUCCUUCACUCAGACAUCGACAUGAUCCCCUCACUAGGCUGUCUUUGUCUUUGCUUCUGGUUUUCACACUGGGAAAAAAUGGUCACUCUGGUUCUGGUGACGUCAAUUUUCUCCAAAACCAUCCACCAAAAUUAGUUUCUGAAUGAAUUUUAGGAGAGAAACAGAACUUAUCUACAAUAUCAAAGAUUGUUAAUGAGGUUUGGGAGUUUGGAGAGGUGGAAAGUCACAUUCAUCUAAGCAUUUCAUAUCUCCAGACUUCAAUCUCAUAGCAAAGACUGACCUCUGGAUCUCUUUUCUGGCAGUAUGAGGCCUGGACCCAGAAAUUACUUGACAGAUUAGUUGAUACAUGGUAAAAAUAAAAAAUCUCGUAAGGACCCAUCAGAUAUAAAUUCUUAUUCUGAAUUUUAACUGGAGUAGUACUGACAUUACUUAGAUUAUACAGAUCCCCUUGCAACUCUGAACACACACACAUUCUCUCACCCAACUGCUAUACUCUUAUUCAUUGUGUCAAAUAACAAGCAGAAGCACGUAACCACAGGUUCUUGUUAUCUCCUCCCUGAUGGCCUUCGAGGCUGUCAUGUUAACUUGGAGAAGGGGACGGCUGAAACACGAGGAAUGAGGUGACGAGGACGAGAGACACAGUAAUUGGAGAGGUUGUGUGUGAUGUUUGUGAUACUGUAGGACUACAGGUCUGCUGUAGUACAUGUGUGGAUCACAUAACCUCCUCACUGUACUAACAUUUGGGGUAAUGGAUGCUUAGAAUCUGUACAUGUGUGUGUUUGUGUGUAGGAAGAGCAACGUUAACCAGUUGAUGAAGUACACUGUAUUGAUGUAGCAAUAAUAACAAUAGUGGUAUGUUAUAAGAAAGUCCAUAAGGCUGUAUAACUCAAUGUGUGCUGACUGAAGGAUUGAAAACAAUAUAAUUAACUUUAUAACUCAGUGAUGCUUCUAAAUGUGUAUGAAAACAACUACAAAAAUGGUGUACAGCAGGUGCUACUGAUCAUAGUUUUGCUUACCUGUCAGUGAUGGCGUUCUUCUCGGCCUUUGAGUGUAAACGUGUGUUUCUUCUUAACGCAGGAAAACACCUGAUACUUGUUCUUUUAAGCUUUUGUACUCGUAUUCUUGUAUCUUGUAAUGCUGCGUCUCAACCAAACUUGACAGAAGUGAUGCUACAGUAGCUAACACACAAGAUUAAGCUAACUUGAUUAGAAAUACCUCCUUGAAUGUCACACACAUCUGAAAACUUUGGAUAAUGCCAAAAAAAUGCAUCAUCAUCCAGCUGAAACAAAGGUAUUUUCAUAGUUCCCACAAGAUAACAUUUUGGAGAUACAAGGGUUUCAUCUGACAAAGUUGACAUUGUCAUUUAAAAUGAACAAGUAAGGCAGGUGUGUUUGAAAAGGUUCACUUGGAUUCACCUGCAGAACCUUUUAACAUUUCUUUUAAACAGAUUUAUUCCUACAGAAAUCUGCUGCAGCCGACAAUGAAAAGUAUGCGAGGCUAACAGGCAACUUAUUGAAAAGAAGACAUUUUGAAUGUUUAUUUGACGGAGGCAGGAAGGCGGUCCGAUGAGAGAUGAGGACCACAGCUAAACAUUGUAACAGCUCACGCCUGGGUGACAUUUUGCAGCAGACAGGGCUGAGCUGAACAAAAAACAUAAUGAGAAACACUGAAACAUGAUGAUGACAGUGAGGUUUACUAACCUGUUUAGCCCCUCUGUAGUGCUUGUGCAGGACUACUGUACGUUCUGAAUGACAUCCCAUAUUGCCGUGCACUGUUUUGUUGCCUUUCAUUGAUCAACACAUUCCUUUUCUUUUUUUAAUACCAUUAACCUUCACUUUUUUCCAUCCUCUUGUCCCUGCUGCCCUUCUGGUGGCUCCAGGUGGGGAGUGACAGAGCUGGUACACUGAGUCACAGCUACAGGAGGAGGUUGACCUAAUAACAUUUCCAUGUGAGUGUGUGUGUGUGUGUCUGAGAGAAGGCAUACACCUCUAAAAGUAGAAGACGUAUAUUGGAGAGAGAGCAAAGGUGAAGGGGUAGAAAGAAAAAGGGACUGAUAUUGGAUUAACUGUUGGUUGCAUGUGUGGUUGGUCGGGCACACCUGCAGAGCAUCAUAAUUGGCUGUGAGCAAUAGACAGAGUGACAACACCUGCUGUUGUGGUCUAUUAAUAACACUCACUGGAGGCCUCAGGUGUGUGUAUUAUAUGUUGGUGUGCUUAUGACUGUCAUGAUAUCAUCGGUGCCCUAAUUCUUGGCCUGAUGAUGCAAACUGGUUCUUCUACAUACUCAGUCAUUGCCAAACCAUUCACCAUAUUUCCUGUCAAAUGCAUUGAAGCAGACAGCAGCUUCAGGAACUGUUCAGAGGAUCACCACCGACCCUGAGAGGCAUGCUCAUGUAUCUGAAAACUACACAUUUUAAAAGAUCAUAGGAGCGUCCUCUGGCAGAGAUCUGCUUACUGUACCUGCGAGGAAGAUGCCUCUGCAUUAAUGAUACAUCAGCUCCAGUAAAACAAACCACAGUAUUAGCUUUCUGUGUUCCGGUUUACAUGCCUGCUGACACGGGGAAUACAAGUGGGUCAAAGAGUAAGCAGGCAAUGGGAUUUCCUUUACCUGCGGAGACACGGAAAAGUUGGAGGUCACAGGGUUUGGGGGUUGCUGGGUCGGGUUUCAGUAAUCAGGUCUCUUCUGGUUAAGUUAAACCUCAUCCUCAGAAUAAUUCAUUAGGUAUGUACUUAAUUUACAAAGAAGAUCUUGACAGUGAUGACCGUGCUGCAGCUUACAACAAAGGCAACAUGCAAUAACAGGAAAAUGGCAGCUUGUUAUUUCAGUGGAGACAGAUCAUCGCAGUGUGUCAGGAUCAUAUAACAUCUGAGCUGUGUGAUCCAAGAUGGCCAUAUCUGUGUUUUUGCAUGUUGUAGCCUGCUUACAGUACUUCAAAUCAUCUACUGUAUACAGUACUUGCAAUAGCAAAACCCAUGCCAGUAUUUAAGAUUUGUGCUUUUAUAGCUUCCAGGCAUAUAUUGAUUUCAGUUUUGUCUGUAUGAUGUGAAAAUGAGCUUGCAGAGACUUGCUCAAGGUAAAUCCAUUUCAGUGAACAUCCUGCCUGGGUUUAUUUUUGUCAGGAAGUUACAGUAUCAUAUUGUGGUGAUGCAAAUGAAAAUGCAUGGAUCUGCAACUGAAUCUUUGUGAUAAACACUGAAAAACAGUUCCCUUUUUAUUUAGUGUUUUAAUGCCAGAAGCAAACAACUUGACAUUAUCCCUCUAACAAAGUACAGUUUUGCUUCGUGCUUGUUGAAUUUCUGACAACGGAGUUCAUUAAUGUAAAGCUGUGCAGCAGCCAACUUUUAAGGGUUGGAUGUCUGAACUUCUCAGCAGCACAUGGUUGCACCACAGCAGCAGAUUUUUCAAAUUAGAUCAAUGCUUUCUGUUGCAUCAGCUCACCAUCAUAAUGUAAGUUUUACAUUAAAUGAAACCGAGCGUUACGUUCACUGUGAUGCAUCACUUAUCUCAAGCAAGUUUCAAGUUCCUGCAGGUUGUUUUGCAAGUUUUGGAAAGCAGACAGCAGUAAGGCAAAGCAGACAGGAUUUUUUUUGUAAAAAUCACACAUGAAACUGCAUCAACAUGAUCCUUUAAACAUACAGAAGUGUGGAUUUACGUACAUAGCGUUUUCCUGGCCUCUCCAUACCGCUCACACACACUCAACUGCUUCAUGUGUCACUGCACUUUGGUUUUUCACAACACUUUACCCGACAUGUUCAUUUUGCAGUAUUGAAAAAUGAGUGUUUACCUCUUCAAAAGGCACUGCAGUCAGCCACUCACUACAGUGCUUUACUAUGAUGUAUAUUGUAUCUCAUCUGUAACCCAACGUUGCACCCUGAUCCCUGAAGUGUGGCCCUAUUAUCCUGCGUACCCCUAACAGAGGAACAGGUUUAUGUAAAGUUCAGUCUCUCAUUGUCAUUCGAUUUGAGUUUCCAGGAUGAGAGUUGCAGACAGAUCCAGGAGCAGGGUGCUGCAUUGGGGUUGCUCUGUAUCUCUGUUACCCAUGUGUCUUAACCUACAGCUAGCGCUCUCUGUGCUCUUCAGUGUGUAAUGCUAUCUAUCUUUGCAGAUCUGUGGUCAAAUAGCGCUUACUAACAUUCAUUUGAAUAAUUGGAGAGUUGUUUAUACCUGCCAUGGUGAUGUGGACAAAGUUGUGUAAAACACUUGGAAAUAUGUGAAGGUAUUUUAGGUUCUAUGUUACAGCAUCUGCAGUGUCUGUGUUGGCCUGUGUCUACUUCGCUGACCUUUAAUCCAGUAUUGUUCCCUCAACUGUUCUUACAGUCACUGUAUGUUUUUUUGUAAAAUAGAAAAGAAGACCAAAAGAAGA